UCUGGGCUCUAUGUUUCACGUGUACGGUUUCCAGGUACUGUCGGAGCUGACUACUAAGAUGGAGUGGUACCAGACUGGCAGAUUCCCGCGUGUCACUCUGUGUGACUUCAACAUACGGCAACUGGGAGGGAACAUCCAUCGCUGGACUGUACAGUGCGCUCUACCCAUCAACUUGUUCAACGAGAAGAUCUACAUGUUCUUGUGGUUCUGGAUGGUGUACGUGGCCAUUGCAACCGUAUGGGGCAUGAUUUCGUGGUUUAGCUUCCUCUACCGACGAGAGAGAAAGGCCUACAUCGCCAAGUUCCUUAAACGUAUGGGCAUCAUCUCCUCAACCAGCACCGGCGAUGGGAAGUUGGUACGAAAGUUCAUUACGCGGUACCUGCGUCCCGACGGGGCGUUUAUCCUUAACCUGGUGGGUAGAAACACCAAUGAUAUCGUCAUAGGAGAGCUGGUGGCAGCGCUGUGGGAGAAAUUCAAGAAGGAUCGCGCUCAUCUGCUGACCGACAGAGGCCUUGACGAAGAAGGAAAUCACAAAAUGGACAAGAUGCUUGAAGAUGCUGUGUGAACAUUUUAAAUGUUUAGCAGAGUUAAUAUAACAGUCCCGGUGUGGAGUUCACACCAUUGCAACAAGGGAGGCAUUGCUACCCAUUACUUCAGGGUCAUGAUCUCACCAUUGGUGUGAAAAUUCCACUUUUUUAGGUUCAUCCAUCCCAUACUGACUGAGUUAAUUUGAGUGUCAAAGAAAUAACAGUUGUAGGUUAAGUUCGUAUUUAGCUAUUUUGUACCUAACAGAAUACAGUAUUCUCUCACGUUUUGACUUAAUUUGUUAAUCCAUUAAGUACGCUCUCUACACGUAACCGAUCGAACUGGGAUCUCGUGGUGAAAAUUGGUAUUCAGGUUUCAGACUAGUCCAACGUUUAUUUCUGUAGCAGUAGUGUAUUCUUGAUUAUACAAGGUCUAAACAUCGAUGACACCACUUCAGUAUGUGUAAAACUAAGUAUUAUCAAAAUGUAAUGACGGUGCCUUUUCACAAAGUAACUGGACCGGACGUAUUACAUUAACAUAUGCUGUAAUUAAAAGGGAUGACGAGAGAUAGAAUUUUUUUACUCAUAUACCAUUUCCACACCAAUCUGUAGCAUUCCGUAUUUGCUCAAAGGUGUCCGAGAAAGUGCGACAUCAUUUAAAUAACUGCAUUUAUGUUUGAGGUCAGUAUUUACGACAGGAAGUAUUUAUGUGUAUUCAUAAGCGAGUAUCUGUCUCGUGAAAUGAUAUUCAUUGUGGUAUCCUUUCACUUCAUGGAAUCUCAUGCUUGAGACUUUUUUAAAGGGUUCAUUAUUUUUUUAAGUUGAAUCUCCAUUCCCUGCAGCUUGGCUUUGCUAAUGACAUUUUUGAAGCGAAAUCCAGGAGUAUAUUUUAAAUGUAACUGGUAUACUUAUGCUCAAAAACCGCUCUAGAAUAUAUUCUAAAAAGAUAAAACAAGAAAACAAUUUUUUAAAAAAGAUAAUUUUACUUUUUGAAGUGGUUUGAUUUGGUUCAGUAUCUUGUCCUUACCACUAGAGUAUUAUUUGUUCGGUUAAAGUUAGCGUUAGAUGUUGAUUAAUGAAACGAAGUGUUAGGUGAUAAUUAAUAAAAAGAUACAAUCAAAAACCGUAGUGUAUUCUGUUUCUUCAAAGUUAUUGACGUUUUAACAAUAAAUAUAAUAUAUACAGAUUUGA